UUUCCCUUCCUGAAUUAGGAAUCCUACCAACUUACAAUUUCAUAGCAGAUUGACACCCCUAAAAAUACAUCUCUCUGGACCUCUCUCGAUGCAUAUCAUAGAGUUAGUUUUCUUCUGAAUUUCUUCUUUCCAUGGCUGAAAAAACCCAGGCAACAUCAUCAGCAGCAUUGUCAAUGGAGGAGAGAAGUGAACGUCGCAGCCCACCAUUGCCCAAGGUAGCACCUUGGCUUGUAAUUCCGUAUGGAAAAGAUAGGAAAAAUCAAGCUUUCUAUAACCUAUGCGACCCCGAUAAAAGAACUUGUCGAAAACUUAUUCCAGAGUUGAGUGGCAAAUCUAUUUUUCAAAAACCUUGCCAUCAUGGCUGGUUGGUUAUUCUAUGUGAUUUUAAUGAAAUUGAUUACUCUCCAAAUUGGGUUUUUGCGGAUUGUUUUCUGUGGAAUCCUGCAACAUUAGAUACCAUACAGUUACCAAACAUACACUCUUCGGGUUACACAUACGAUGAGUACAAGUUAGUAGAUUGCGUUUUGUCCUUGCCUCCUACUAAUCCUUCUGAUGGCAAUGAGACGAUGGUUUUCUGUGUGUAUGAGCGGCUCGACGAUGAGUGCGAAUAUGUCUUUUUAUUUUGCCGCCCUGGAGAAAAACAAUGGAGAACACAUAAGUUUACUAGAGAACAUAAGAUGGAUUUUAAUUUUAUCUGGUCACUUAACUACCUUAAAGGAAAUUUGUAUGCUAUGAGUUAUUCCAGAGUUUGUCACUUCAAGGUCGAAAUAGAACAAAUUGAUGGCGACAAUGUUAACCUCUGUUUAAGGCAAAUUGAGACAAGUUAUCCCACCGGUUCUCCAUUGAUAGGAGGAAGUAACACCAACGUUGGAACAAUAUAUGUGCAAACGUGUGAUGAACUCUACAGAAUUGAUUUAUAUAUGGCCCACCAAGGUAAAGAAUUUAUUUCAAUUGGCAUUCUGAGGUUGGAUUUUUCUACAAUGGGGUGGAAGGAGGUAUAUAGUCUGGGUGAUACUGUUCUCUUUUAUAGCAAAAACACAACAGCUUGUUGCUCGGCAGCUGAGUUGGGUCUUACAAAAGGUUGUUUGUAUUACACACUGGCCCAGGAUCAAAGCUUGUACAAAUAUGAACUGGAAGGUACUGGUACGAUAAUUUUGCCGUGUCUAAAGCUGCCGAUACCAUGGUUUUGCUCAUAUUGGCUUAUGAUGCCUCCAACUUUCAGGGUUGGCGACGGACAAGAAAGAACUAAGUUUAUGUUACGUAAACGUGAAAAAGAUUAUAUCGUGAACCUCAGAGUAAAAACAACUAUUUCAUCAACAAACAAUGACGAGGAGAAUCCAGAGGACGUAAACAACAGUGGGGAAGUAAAACAACAAGCACCUUGGAAUAUUCUUAAUAAGGACUGCCUACACAUGAUAGCAAGUUAUCUCCAUCCAAUUGAUUACAAACUUCUUCGAUCGGUGUGUAAAGCAAAUCGAUCAAGUUUAGCCCUAGGAAAACAGAUAUCAACAUCUAAAAGGAUCAUAAGCAACGCAUGUGUGUCUCCAUGGCUAAUAUUUUCUAUCACGAAUGACUGCGCUGUUUACAGUUUAGUUGACCCGAUUAAUAAUAAUGAUAACUAUAUUAUGGACCGACCCUUGCUAAGAGGAGCUAUAGUUCGUUUCCAAAAGGGUGGUUGGCUACUUAUGUCGAAAGGUGCUCACGAAUUAUUUUUUCACAACCCUUUUACAAAGGAGACCAUUCAACUUCCAGACUUCCCAGAGUACUAUGGACUGUCCAACAUCUUAUUCUCUUCAUUACCGACUUGUUCUGACUGUGUAGUUUUCGGUGUUGGAGAAAGCAAUGAAAGAGAAGGUGGCAUCAAAGUCUACAUGAUCGCAAGGGGGGAAAAGUCUUGGAGGUAUCAAGACUUCUGUAAUAUUGAUACAGACGAGUACUACAUGCCAUUAGUCAACACUCCAGUUUUGUACAAGGGGAUUUUUUACUGUGUAGAUUAUAAUGGAGUUUUGGGAGAAUUUAGUUUAGAGGGAGGAAUCAGUUGGAGUUACAAAGUUCUUCAUAAGCCUUACAGAACAUUUAAUCGUGCAUAUCCUAGUUUUCUAGUGGAGUGUGGCGGAGAUCUUUUACUAGUGAGAUUAGGACGCAUUGGAACGUUCUUAAAACUAUUCAAGUUGGAUUUUUCCCGGAUGGAAUGGGUCAGAGUAAAGACAUUGGGUAAAUAUACGUUGUUUAUCAGCUAUACAUCAUGUGUUUCAAAAAUGGCUCAGUGUACUAGCAUGGAGAACAGAAUAUAUUUCCCUAGAUUGUCCUUGCAUGGGGAAGGAGUUUUAUUCUAUUCAUUUGAUACGGGUUGUUAUCAUUCUAUGGGAAACCAAAAUUCUUCCGAAAAUUUCAGUGAUACGAAAGGAUGGUCAUCAUGGUCUUGGAUUGAACCUAAUUGGUCAAGGUCGACUAUUCAGGAGCUCGAUUGGUUUACAAAACUUUCGUAGUAUUUACUAGUUAAAACUUAUAUUAUUUUGGUUUUUGCAAGUUUGAAUCCCAUGUGUUUGCUUACGAAUGUCUCUGGCCACCGGUAUAAAUGAUUAAAUAUAAAGCGGUUAGAUUAUGGUUGCUUCUUGCAUUUUCAAAUUAAUUAUUAUAUGAACUUCUCAGGAACACUUGGUGGAAAUCUAAGGAAGACGAUGUUGGAAAUUUGGGCUAAAAAUAGAGGGUGAAGAAAACAUAGAACGAAAAGAAUGUUGUAUCACCGGAGGUUCAAGGCCUUGCGAUUUUUUUGAGCAAUUAUUUCGACCAUUCCCAAAUAAUUAGCGAGUACAACUGGUCAG